UCAUUWCACAACAGAAAGCAGGUAGACCAGAUUUACAGGUAGACAAAGUAGAACAAGGAAGGAGAGAACCACCAUCUAGCAGAGAGAAAACUGAGUUUCAACAGAAGAACUGAACCUGACUGAGGUUCAAAAUGUCWGUUCUUGCUGUUUUUGUCCUUCUGGGGACAGUGCUGACAGUGAACAGCGAACGGCACUCCCUGACUUACAUCUACACUGCCUUCUCCAAACCUGUGGGUCUUCCUGGCUUCCCUGAGUUCACCGCCAUGGGUCUGUUGGACAACAGGAUGAUUGACUACUUUGACAGCGGUGAGCAGAAGAAAAUUCCCAAACAGACUUGGAUGAAGGAGAAUCUUGAGCAGGAGUAUUGGGACAAAGGCACACAGUCCAGGAGAAGCAAGCAGCAAUGGUUCAAGGUCAACAUCGACAUUUUGAUGAAACGGCUGAGACAGAAUGACACAGAUACCCAUGUUCUUCAGUGGAUGCAUGGCUGUGAGGGUGAGAGUCAGCCAGAUGGUAGUAUGAGUUUCGUCCGUGGGAUGGACAUGUACAAUUACGAUGGAAGUGAUUUCCUCUCCUUCGACGAUGACCACCAAAUCUGGGUUGCCACUGUUGAUGCAGCAAUAGAAACCAAGAGAAAGUGGGAUAAUGUCCAGGUCCUGAAGGAAUACACCAAAGGUUACCUGGAGAAGGAGUGCAUGGAGUGGAUGAGCAAGUUCAGAGGCUUUGGACAAGCACAGCUUCAAAGUCCAGAGAAACCUGAAGUGUUCCUGUUCUCACAAAAGAGCAAAAUUGAGACCAACGUGAUCUUGACGUGCCUGGCCACAGGCUUCUACCCCAAAGACAUCGAACUGCAGAUCAAGAAGAACGGUCGUGUCCUAACCAGAGAGGAUGGAGUGGAGACGUCUGGCGUUCGUCCCAAUGAGGACGACACCUUCCAGAGGAAAGACCGUGUGGAGAUUUUGAAGUCAGAUGUUUCCAUUUACACCUGUGAAGUCAUCCAUCGUGCCUCCAACAUGCAUGUUGAAAAGAAGUGGAAUCACAAUCUUCCUGAAGAAGGUGGAAAUACAGUCGGGAUCAUUGCUGGAGUUGCUGUUGGAAUCGUGGUGUCAAUCGUGAUCAUUGUAUUGGUUAUUUUAUAUAAAAGGAGGAAAUGUGAUGAUUGCCUCAACGAGAGAACCAUUGAGAACACAGCGAGACCAAGUCCUGACAUUUAUAUGUCUAAUAUGCAGAGCACUGAUCUUGGCAGCCCAGAGGCACUCCUCAAAAAGGGUGAGUCUUUUCAGUUUAUUUUAUUUAAACAGCAACAAAGUUAUUUCAGGUUGAAUUUUAAGACUUUUUGAUAGCACAGGCUUUUA